AUGUCGGCCCAGGAUUUGCCGCCCGCAAAGCGACCUGCAGCCGAGGAGGAGGAAGACGAUGAAGCACCAGUGAAGAAGAAGAAGGUGGAAGAGGUGCCUCAGCGUAUGGAUUGCCCUUAUUUGGGUACCAUCAACAGGCAUGUCCUGGACUUUGACUUCGAGAAAUUGUGCUCUAUGACGCUGUCUGGCGACAACGUCUACUGCGACCUGGUGGAUGGAAAGUUCUUCCAAGGCCGUGGCAAGGAGACGCCAGCCUACCGCCAUGCGUUGGAGAAAGGGCACUACGUGUGGAUGAACGCCGUGGAUGGGAAGGUAUACUGCAUUCCAGAUGGCUACGAAGUGGUGGAUAAAUCCUUGGAGGAUAUCAAGUACAACUUGAUCCCUUUCUUUGAUGAGGAGGAGAUCGAGUUCAUGUCAACGCGUGUGCGGUAUUCCAAAGCACUGGAUGGCACCGAUUACAUUCCUGGGUGCAUUGGUCUGAACAACAUCCAGGAUUCAGACUACCAGAACGUAGUCAUCCAGAUGCUUUGCACAGUGAUCCCCAUUCGCAACUACUUGUUGGGCUAUCAGCCACCCUCCGAGCGGAAGCCGGACCCUGUGCUUGCCACCAUCUCGCAGUUGUUCCGCAAGAUGUAUAAUCCCAGGAACUUCAAAGGGAUUGUCUCUCCCCAUGAGUUCUACCAAGCAGUGGGAAGAGUCACGCAGAAGAAGUUCUACGCCAAGCAGAUGGAUCCUGUUGCGUUCUUCUCAUGGCUUAUGGGAUACCUUCACAAGAAGUCCCGGGACAAAAAAGGAGACUCUUUAGUUCAUGAUGUCUUCCAGGGAGAGGUCCAGGUCAAGCUUUGUCCUGCCCACGAAGAGUCGAGGAUUACAGAGUCCAAAGAAAAGACGGUCUUUCUGACGCUGGAAUUGCCAGACGAGCCGCUGUUCAAGGAUAACCUCGAUUUCAUUCCGCAGGUGCCAUUGUUUAACCUGCUGGAGAAGUUCAACGGUGAGAAGCCCUUCGAGAAGAUUGCCAAGGGUGGCGAAUCCCGCGAGAUCAGGAGGUACAGUUUGAGGCGCUUGCCCCCCUACGUGAUUUGCGUAGUCAAGCGCUUCCGCAACAACAACUUUUUUGUCGAGAAGAAUCCUACCAUCGUGACCUUCCCGCUCAAGGGCCUCGACCUGAGAGAUUACAUCCACCCAGACUGUCAGCCAGCGAAUCCUGAGACCAAGUAUGACCUGGUGGCCAACGUCUGCCAUGAUGGCAAGCCAGAGCGAGGUACGUACAAAGUUCAGGUUUUCCACCAACCAACCUCGCAAUGGUUUGAGAUCCACGACCUGCGAGUGACGCCGGUUUUGCCGCAAAUGGUGGCUUUGACAGAGAGCUACAUCCAGGUUUACCAGAGACAGGACUGCUUAAGCUGA